UAGUAGAAGACGCGGGCGCCAACCGCAGGGCUGGUCAUAACGCGUUUGUGCGUCGUCGAGCACGCUGCAGCGGCCCCUGGCGGAUUUACUUACGCGCCAAAACGUCUCAACAAUUGCCUGCUAGGAAGUGCAGUUCCCUUUGGUCAUCAAAAGGAGCCUAGCUGUGGUAAAAAGAAUCCAGAAAGAUGACGACCGCGAGUAUGCUUUUGACGGUGGCGACCACGUGGAACGUCUCUACCGACAAAAUUGACAAAGAGGGAUGUCUGAGCUUAGCUACAAAGCAUGUUACCGCUGAAGCCGCAAAAGAAGUCCGCGAGAGUCCUUCCACCAAGGAGCAGGCGCUGACUAUCAUGAGGGAGUGGAUCCAACAGAACAUUGACAUCAAAAAUGUCCGACAAGAUGAAUCAUUUCUACUUCGGUUUUUACGUCACAAGAAGUACAGUAUCCCGAUGGCCCAACAAACCCUGCUGAAGUAUUUGAGCUUAAGAAGAUACUAUCCCGAAAUAUUCAAGAACAUUGACUGUGAUGAUCCAAAACUAAAGGAUAUUCUCAGCAACGGGUACAUAGUGGUUUCACCGGUUCGAGACAGCAAGGGUCGUCGGGUCAUCGUUUACAAUAUGAGUAAAUUCAACGCUCAUAAGUACAACUGCUGGGACAUGUGCCGGGCCCACCUGCUGGUAUAUGAGAGCCUGCUAGAAGACUCCAUGGACCAGAUUUGCGGUUACGUGCACGUGGGUGACGGCAGUGGGGUGACCGGAGCACACAUUACCACUUGGAAUCCCACAGACUUUGCCCGCCUCUUGAAGUGGGGAGAGCAAUCAGUGCCCAUGCGUCACAAGGAGUUUCACUGUGUAAACGUACCGACUGCCCUCAAAUACAUCGUAGACUUCGCAAUUAGUAAAGUUACCCCGAAAAUGGCGGAGAGACUUAAUAUUCAUACAAACCUAAAACAACUUCACCAGCACAUAAAUGUUGAGUGCCUACCAACGGGAUACGGAGGUCCUUUGAAAAUCGAAGAUAUGGUCAAAUACACAUCACAAUUAAUUAAUGAUCAGAAAAAGAAAGUUCUUGGUCUGGACACAAUGGAAAUCAUCAGCACUAGAGGCAUCAUCUCUUCGAGGAGACCUAACACUAUCGUAGUGAACGGAGACGUUGCGGUACAAGGGAGCUUCAGAAAGCUAGAGAUAGAUUAGGUUACUGUAUUGUUAGUAUGUUAGACUUUUAGCUGUUAGUCAAUCUGUCUGUCGUACUCGUGUACCCUCGAGCACCACUGACUUUAAAUAUAUUUUAGCACUGAAAAUUGAAUGCUCUGAUUAAAUAUUAUUCGUUUAGGGCCUUGCUUAUUAAGAUAGGAUAAUUGUAUUCUAAUGACUCUUGUAUGUGUUAAAAGACUUUACAAGGUGGAUGGCAAAUAGAAAAAUAAAAAUUUACCAUUAUUUAGUAUCGUCACUUAACUACAAAGAUCUGAUGGGAAAUACAAAACAUCUUUUGGGCG